AUGAGCUACUGGUCCAUCCUUCCCUUCUUGUUCGCCAUUCGUGAGAUUAACCAGAACCCAAGGCUGUUGUCCAACAUCUCCCUGGGCUACAAUGUCUAUGAAAACUAUUUCAAUGCAAGAAUGACCAAUGACGCCAUUCUAGAUAUGCUGUCUACUGGGCAGCAACAUGCUCCAAACUACAGCUGUGGAAGGCAGAAGAACCUCUUGGCAGUUCUUGAAGGGGCCGACUCUGACAUCUCCAGCCAGAUUUCAGCCUUCCUGGACAUUUUCAAAAUUCCACAGACAAGCAAACGGACACAAUAUGACAAUUUUGACUCAUUUCUCAUCGCUAUCACGCAGUUAGGGGAGAGAGCAUUUCGUUGUUUAUAUUCUAGGAAUGUGUUUUCUGGGAAACUCUGGGAAAGAUGCACAGAAAAAGAGAGUUUGGAGGAGAAUCUGCCCCAGGAUGUGAUUGAAAGGAUCCUGUCUCAAGACUCGUACAGUAUUUACAGUUCCAUCCAGGCUGUGGCACAGACCUUACACGCUGCAUACUCCCUCCGACCUAAUCAGCUUCAUUCUUUCCUGAGAAACUUCCAGCCUUACAAUAGUUCUAUGGAUGGAGUCUAUAUGGAUAAGAAUGGGGACCUGGAAGCCAACUUCGAUAUUGUAAACUGGGUGGUUUUUGCCAACAAGUCCGCUGCUGGAGUGAAUGUUGGGAGUAUAGAGAAUGAUGCCUCCUCAGAAAAAAAGUUCACUAUUCAUCAAGAUGCCAUUAUGUGGUCCAGGUGGUUUAACCAGACCGUGCCUUUUUCCAGAUGUACUGACAGUUGCCGCCCUGGAUAUGCCAAGAGGGUUAAGGAAGGAAAACCGAGAUGUUGCUAUGAUUGUGUCCCAUGUGCAGAAGGCACAAUUUCCAUUCAGGAAGAUGCAGGCCAUUGCACCAAGUGUCCAGAUGAUCAGCAUCCAAACAAGGACCGAUAUCGGUGUGUUCCGAAGCUUAUCAACUUCCUCUGCUAUGAAGAAACCUUGGGGAUCAUCCUAGCUUUUCUUGCCCUUCUCUUGUCCUUAACCACUGGCCUUCUCUUAGUCAUCUUCAUUAAACACCGAGAAACUCCAGUGGUCAAAGCUAACAAUCGUGACCUCACCUACUUGCUCCUCGUCUCCCUCCUGCUUUCCUUCUUGUCCUCCUUCCUCUUCAUUGGUUGGCCCCAGGAGGUGACCUGCCUUCUCCGACAAACCGCCUUCAGCUUCAUCUUCUCGGUUGCUGUCUCUUCUUUGUUGGCCAAAACUGUCAUGGUGGUGGUGGCAUUCCUGGCCACAAAGCCAGGGAACCAGAUGAGGAAAUGGCUGGGGAAGAGUGUGGCCAACUCCAUUGUGAUUUCUUGUUCCAGUGUGCAAGUGGGCAUCUGCAUGAUCUGGCUGGGAAUCUUUCCCCCAUUCCCAGACUCUGACAUGCAUUCUCAGCCUGGACAGAUCAUCCUGCAAUGUAACGAAGGGUCUGUGGUCAUGUUUUAUAUCUCACUUGGCUACAUGGGUUUCCUGGCUGCCAUCUGUUUCACGGUGGCUUUCUUAGCCAGGAAGCUGCCUGGAGCCUUCAAUGAAGCCAAGCUGAUCACCUUCAGCAUGCUGGUGUUCUGCAGUGUUUGGGUGUCCUUUGUGCCGGCCUACCUGAGCACCAAAGGGAAAUACAUGGUAGCUGUGCAGGUCUUCUCUAUCUUGGCCUCCAGUCUGGGCUUACUGGGUUGCAUCUUCAUCCCAAAAUGCUACAUUAUCAUACUGAGGCCUGAUCUAAAUAAAAAGGAACAUUUACUGAUGAAACCAAAAGAUGGGACCUGA